CGCAGCGCGCGUAGUGAAGAAGCCACACAGAAGCGGCAUUCGCGACGCGUAGUACAGCGUUCAAAGUUCGCAGCGAAAUCACACCCGUCAUAAGACGUUCGCUUUUGUCGUUCAUAUCGGAUACAGACAGAACAUUACUUCUACGUGUACAGGUUUACUCCCCUAUCGUUUUGAAAUAGCUGGCUGUCAAAAGACGUAGAUUACACUGCAGCCGUAACUCUCUCACUCGUCUCUCACACACUAUGCGACUAUGUAGAAUCCACAGUCAGUUGCUACAGAUGUGUUUGUAAACCCGAGGACAGUGAAUCAGUGUCCAAGGAUGAAACGCAUUGUUGCCGCAUUCAUCAAUCUGCUCGUGCUACAAAUUCUCCUGGCCGGUGGCGGCUGCCUGGCGCUACGCGGCGUCAAGCUGUGGGUGCCCGAGGCCGUUCGCGCCGGGUCGCGGGUGCGCCUCCUCUGCGACUACGACCUCGAGCAGGCGGCGCUCUACUCCAUCAAGUGGUACCGCGGCGACCAGGAGUUCUACCGAUACGUGCCCAAGGAGAGCCCGCCCACCAGGGUCUUCGCGCUGCCGGGCGUCAACGUCGACGUCUCGCUGUCCGACGAGCGCGAGGUGACUCUGGAGGACGUGCAGCCGCGGCUGACGGGCGAGUACAAGUGCGAGGUGUCCGCCGACGCUCCGCUCUUCCACACCGACAUCAAGACUGCCCACAUGACCGUCGUCGACGCCCCGACAGAGGCGCCGCUGAUCUCUGUGGAGCGGCAGCGAGACUACAUCGUGGCUAACUGCACGUCGCGACCUUCCGUGCCGGCCGCCAACAUCUCCUGGCUCAUCAACAGCCACCAGAUCCCAAACUCGGCGCCGACGGUGGUGUCGGACGCCGGGGGCGGCCGGAAGACGUCGUGGUCGUCGCUGCAGCUGGCGGUGGCGUCGCUGACGUACCCGGAGGCGGUGAUGCGCCUCCGCUGCGUCGCCGCCAUCUUCAAGGUGUACCGGCGCAGCAGCGAGUCCGUGGAGCUGGUCGACGACGCCCCGCAGAUAGCCUCCGUGCUGGGACACAGCCGAUCUGGUGCCGGCCGCGCGUACCCCGCGAUGGUGUUCGCGGCGCUGGUGCUGUCUGCGACCAGCAGGUAGCAGUGACGUCACUGAACAGAAGACUGUCGACGGCCGUCGUCUCCUUCAGUAUGGUGGCGAACCCGCUGCCCGCGUUGUGUGCGAGCUCAUGCUACAACUGUGUUUUAGAAGGACCUCCUAUUUACAUUGCAGCAGACGUAACAGUUUACCGUGUUCGCUACGUACCAGCUGCACUGACUUUGUCAGUGACAAGACGUUUCGCAGGUCUUUCGUAUUUUUGAUAUAUACAUGUUGUCAGACGUUUAUCUUUCGUACGACUGCUUUGUACGUAGCGUUGCAGUAUUAUUGACGAGUUUUCGUUUGAGGAAAUUAAACUGUAAUUCAAAAUGUCAAUCACAUUUCAAACUAUUUAAUGUUACUGACUAUCCUCUGUAAAUAACUGUAAAUGUAAUUGUAGUCUUUGUUGUUUAUACUGUUGUGCAACAGAAUACAUAUCGAAUGUUCUCAGAACCUGAGUAAAGAAUACGUGUAUACAGCUGUGUUAUAACAUAGACAUCAGCUUCCUCUUUAAUACGUGACGUCUUAAAAUCGUUAUAUUUAUUUUAAAAUAUGUAGAUAAAUCUAAUGGUAGUGAAACUACAUCCGUUCAUAUAAACAAAAGCUUUGCCAUCAGUGUUGCGUUCUUGCGAACAAUGAAGCAAAAUAUUACCUCUCUACGUACAAAGCAGUCCCAACAGUCAAUCAGUAUUCCAAUUGUGAAACGCAGCUAUACAGUUAUCAUUUAAGCAGGAUAUGUGUGAGUGGUAAUUGACCAUGACAAUUGUUCGUACUUAGUUUAUUUAAUUAGUUUGGUAUGUUCAGCUGGUUGUGUCUUCUUCUGCAGUGGUGAAAUGUUUUCCUCUUUCGAUCCAUAGUAAAUACUAUCAUCCCUUAAACUGGUACUAUUCGCAUAAACGGUAGUUAAAUAUUGUCACAUCACAAUAUAUAGUCUCGUUAUUUCCUGAAAAUCCUGCUCUGAUCAGUUUUUUUAUAGGAUAUGACAAUUUGAAAUCAAUUCGAGGGAUUAUUUGUUGCCGAGAGCACAAAUUAAAUUCAUAACAGAAGAGCACUCUCCGAAGGAAAACAUUCGUAUAGUUAACUGUAUAUUAUCAAGGGAACUAAGUUGGUAUCCUAGGUUCACUGUAACAUUCAAACAUCCUUUCUUGAUUCUGUGCACGUCAGUACGGACAGCUUUUAAUGUACUUUAGCGUCCUUACAGUCUAUCUCGAGAAUUAUUUGCAAGAUAAUAUGAUGUGUAAACUGCGAUACGGUCUUUUAAGACGUCGUUAAAAGGCCAAGAAAACUAUUUUUUCUUGUGUAAAAUACGUUUUUGGGCCGCAACACUUCAAAGCUAGAAGUAUCUGACAUUAAUUAUACAUCAGUUCCAUCAUUCUAGGUACCGGUAUAUUCCUUUACAUUAGAUGUACAUCGUUUCCCAUUUUAACUAAAUAUACAGUUGGACGUUGCACAGCCGGCCGCGGUGGUCUCGCGGUUCUAGGCGCGCAGUCCGGAACCGUGCGACUGCUACGGUCGCAGGUUCGAAUCCUGCCUCGGGCAUGGAUGUGUGUGAUGUCCUUAGGUUAGUUAGGUUUAAGUAGUUCUAAGUUCUAGGGGACUGAUAACCACAGCAGUUGAGUCCCAUAGCGCUCAGAACCAUUUGAACCAUUUUUUUGGACGUUGCACACAUAGCAUACAUCACAGAUACUGAGUUGGUGACUAUCAGCAAUUUCAAAAGUGUCGCAACUCGCGUGUGUUUGAAGCAAAUAAAAUGUCUCAGCUAACGCCUUCACACAUCUUAAAGUGUGACAAAGAGAAAUGCAGUACCAACUUCUGUGCAGUUUCUGAGCUGUAAGAGUAGACAAUCUUAACACUGAGAGAAGAAAAAAAAUUAAAUGACUAAAUAUGAAAGAGAUCGGCGUGAAAUGACUUUACUGUCUACUGAAUUCUCUCUCACUGUGUCGUAAAUUCCAAAGGAGUUUAAACCACUCCAGAAUCCUGAAAAAGAUUAUUUUUACGUAAUAUAAAGUUAUACGAAAUUAAAAGAUUCCAUGGCAUAGCCUACCAUUGCUCUGUUAUCAAUAUAUCAUCUGGAAUUUUUUUACUCAAUUUUCAUUGUGGUCUGUCGUCCCGUACAUGACAUUUCACAAUAUCUUUCGCUAUAGAAACAUACCCUUAGUUAACUGAGCAGUGAUUUUCAACCCGAGUACAGAGAUGGAAACUAACGUAAUUCUUGUGUUUGCUGGUAAGUCAUGCCCGCAUGCCCCUCUCAUCACUGUUCGAACCACAACCAGCUGGCCGAAGCGCGAAAUAAACUGGGAACAAAUUUGCUUUUGUAAAUCUGCUACCCCCUUGUCCUUAAUUUUUGUAUCUCUUAU